AUGCUUGAAGAUGAUGAAGCAGAAGAUGGAAGCAUUCAUUUUGGAGAAUCCUUCGUCGAUCCUUACUCUGUGAGUAUAGAAAGGCAACGCAUGAACCUGGAUCCAGAACGCGGUCGAAGAUAUGUAUAUGAAUUACUUCACGGCCAUGACGUACAAUGCUAUAACAUAAUUCGAAUGUAUCCACCGGUAUACAUUCAGUUAUGUGAAAAGCUUAAGGAUGAUUACCAGUUGAAGGAGACUGAUAAUGUAAGCAUCGAGGAAAGUGUUGCGAUAUUCCUUAACAUAUGUGCUCAAAAUGCAACUCAGAGGUAUGUUGGGAAGACAUUUGGUCAUUCACAGGAAACUAUAAGUAGGAAAUUCCAUGAAGUGUUGAGUGCUCUCGAAAAAAUGGCGGUUGAUUUGCUUAAACCUGGUCCAAAUAAGCUCACACAACCUCAUCCUAAAUUACAAUCCAAUAGAAAUUAUUGGCCUUACUUUAAAGGAUUUAUUGGUGCAAUUGAUGGAACACAUGUUCCUGUCACUAUCGCGGGAAAAGAUUCAGAAAAAUAUUGGAACAGGAAAAGUGACACCAGUAUACCGGGAUCAGCUCAUGAUGCAAAAGUUUUAGCACUAGCAAUGGAGGGGCCUCAUCAAUUUCCAACUGCACCUUUUGGAAAGUAUUAUUUAGGAGAUUCUGGUUAUCCUCUUCGACCUGGAUUUCUUACUCCGUAUAGAGGGGAAAGAUAUCAUCCUAGCCAAUACGAUGGAGCUAGUCCGCCCA